CGCCCCGCCCGCGCCUCAGGACCAGCGGGGCCGCGCGGCGCAUCCUGCGGGCGGCGGUGGCGGGCGCGGCGCCGGCAGCCGGGCGCAAGAUGAUGAAGUUUCGGUUCCGGCGGCAGGGCGCCGACCCGCAGCGGGAGAAGCUCAAGCAGGAGCUCUUCGCCUUCAACAAGACUGUGGAGCAUGGCUUCCCCAACCAGCCCAGCGCCUUGGCCUUUGACCCUGAACUUCGCAUCAUGGCCAUCGGCACCAGGUCUGGGGCUGUCAAGAUCUAUGGUGCACCUGGGGUGGAGUUCACAGGCCUGCACCGUGACGCAGCCACUGUCACACAGAUGCACUUCCUGCCCGGCCAGGGCCGCCUCCUGACCCUGCUGGACGAUAGCAGCCUGCAUCUCUGGGAGAUCAUCCACCAUAACAGCUGCGCCCACCUGGAGGAAGCACUCAGUUUCCAGCUGCCCAGCCGGCCUGGCUUUGACGGUGCCAGCGCCCCGCCUAGCCUCACGCGUGUCACUGUGGUCCUGCUGGUGGCUGCUGGCGACAUGGCAGCCCUGGGCACUGAGGGCAGCAGUGUCUUCUUUCUGGAUGUUACCACCCUGACGCUGCUUGAGGGGCAGACCCUUGGUCCAGAUGAGGUUCUGCGCAGCUUGCCCGACGACUACCGGUGUGGGAAGGCACUGGGCCCCGUGGAGUCACUCCAGGGACACCUGCGGGACCCCACCAAGAUUCUCAUUGGCUACAGCCGGGGCCUGCUGGUCAUUUGGAACCAGGCUGCGCGGUGUGUAGACCAUGUCUUCCUGGGGAACCAGCAGCUGGAGAGCCUGUGCUGGGGCCGCGAUGGCAGUACUGUCACCAGUUCACACAGUGAUGGUAGCUAUGCCAUCUGGUCUGCAGAUGUUGGCAGCUCCCCGGCACUGCAGCCCACGGUAGCCACCACACCGUACGGCCCCUUUCCCUGCAAGGCCAUCAACAAGAUUCUGUGGCGGAACUGUGAAUCCGGGGGCCACUUUAUCAUCUUCAGUGGUGGCAUGCCCCGUGCCAGCUAUGGUGACCGCCACUGUGUGAGUGUGCUGCGAGCCGAGGUGCUGGUGACGCUUGACUUCACUUCCCGCAUCAUCGACUUCUUCACAGUGCACAGCACGCGGCCUGAGGAUGACUUUGAUGAUCCCCAGGCCUUGGCUGUGCUGCUUGAAGAGGAACUGGUGGUGCUUGACCUUCAGACGCCUGGCUGGCCGGCUGUGCCUGCCCCGUACCUGGCCCCACUGCACUCAUCCGCUAUCACCUGCUCGGCCCAUGUUGCCAACGUCCCUGCUAAGCUGUGGGCCCGCAUUGUGAGCGCCGGCGAGCAGCAGAGCCCUCAGCCUGCCUCCAGUGCCUCGAGUUGGCCCAUCACUGGGGGCCGGAACCUGGCCCAGGAGCCAUCACAGCGAGGGCUGCUGCUGACUGGCCACGAGGACGGUACUGUACGGUUCUGGGAUGCCUCAGGCGUGGCACUACGGCCACUCUACAAGCUGAGCACGGCUGGCCUCUUCCAGACGGACUGUGAGCAUGCUGACAGCCUGGCCCAGACUGCCGAGGAUGACUGGCCGCCCUUCCGCAAGGUGGGUUGUUUUGACCCCUACAGUGAUGAUCCCCGGCUCGGUGUGCAGAAGGUCACGCUCUGCAAGUACACAGCCCAGAUGGUGGUGGCUGGCACUGCAGGCCAGGUGCUGGUGCUGGAGCUCAGCGACGUGCCCUCGGAGCACGUGGUCAGCUUGGCCAGUGUGGACCUCCUCCAGGACCGCGAGGGCUUCACGUGGAAGGGCCACGAGAGACUGAGUCCGCGCACGGGACUGCUGCCUUGGGCUGCUGGCUUCCAGCCCCGUGUGCUGGUGCAGUGCCUGCCACCAGCCGCUGUCACUGCUGUCACGCUCCACACUGAGUGGGGCCUUGUGGCCUUUGGCACCAGUCAUGGCUUUGGCCUCUUCGACUACCAGCGCAAGAGCCCUGUGCUAGCCAGGUGCACUCUUCACCCCAACGACUCCCUGGCCAUGGAGGGGCCACUCUCCCGGGUGAAGUCACUUAAGAAGUCAUUGCGCCAGUCUUUCCGGCGCAUCCGCAAAAGCCGUGUCUCUGGCAAGAAGCGGGCUGCUAAUGCCAACAGCAAGUUGCAGGAGGCCAACGCGCAGCUGGCUGAACAAGCCUGCCCCCAUGACGUGGAGAUGACACCCGUGCAGCGCCGCAUCGAGCCCCGCUCUGCGGAUGACUCCCUCUCGGGUGUUGUGCGCUGCCUCUACUUUGCCGACACGUUCCUUCGAGAUGCUGCCCACCACGGGCCCACCAUGUGGGCAGGCACCAACUCGGGCUCCGUGUUUGCCUACGCGCUGGAGGUGCCGGUGGCAGCAGCGGCAGGCAGCGAGAAGCGGCCCGAGGGGGCAGUGGAGGCCGUGCUGGGCAAGGAGGUGCAGCUGAUGCACCGGGCGCCCGUGGUGGCCAUUGCCGUGCUGGAUGGGCGCGGCCGCCCACUGCCCGAGCCCUAUGAAGCCUCGCGGGACUUGGCUCAAGCACCUGACAUGCAGGGCGGUCACGCUGUGCUCAUCGCAUCUGAGGAGCAGUUCAAGGUGUUCACACUGCCCAAGGUGAGUGCCAAGACCAAGUUCAAGCUGACAGCCCAUGAAGGCUGUCGAGUACGCAAGGUGGCACUGGCCACGUUUGCCAGUGUGGCCUGCGAGGACUAUGCUGAGACCUGCCUGGCCUGCCUCACCAACCUGGGUGACGUCCAUGUCUUCUCGGUGCCUGGCCUGCGACCCCAAGUGCACUACUCCUGUAUCCGGAAGGAGGACAUCAGUGGCAUUGCCUCAUGUGUCUUCACGCGCCAUGGCCAGGGCUUUUACCUGAUUUCCCCGUCAGAAUUCGAACGCUUCUCCCUAAGUGCCCGGAACAUCACGGAGCCACUCUGUUCUUUGGACAUCAGCUGGCCCCGCAAUGCCACCCGGGCCAGCUACAGGCUCCGAGAGUCACCCAAGCUGAGCCAGGCUAACGGGACCCCGAGCAUCAUCCUGGCCCCACAGAGCUGCGACGGGAGCCCAGAUCCAGCCCACAGCAAGGGAACCGACACCUCAGAGCCACUGGAGGCCAUGCUUUCACCCAUGUCCGUCGACUCGGCCACCAGCGCUGACACCACGCUGGACACAACAGGAGAUGUCACAGUGGAGGAUGUGAAGGAUUUCCUGGGCUCUUCAGAGGAAUCGGAGAAGAAUCUGAGGAACCUGGCGGAAGAUGAGGCCCGGGCCUGUGCCAUCCUGAUCAAAUGAGGAAGGCCAGAACUAUCCCAAACUACUGCUGUCCUGCUUGGAGCUAGGGUCCUGGAUCCCUGGCUCCUGCCUGGCCCCUUAACAUAGAUCUACACCUGCUAACCUGUGGGCUCCAGUGGGACCUGCCAUCCUGUCCCUACUGAGGGCCAGCCCUGGAGUGUGGGCCCAGGAGUCUGCAUCCUCCUAUAGGCAGUUGGCUGCCCUGGGGGCUGCUGCCUCAGGGAGAGGACAGGUGGGGCCCAGCACCCUGUGCCACCUCCCACUCCACA